AUGGCAGAAGCAGAGAAGGAGGAGAAGCCGAAGGCAAAACCCUGGCUCACGCGCUUAAGGCUUGCACUCGGUCCUUAUACUGUCCACUUCAAGAACCCGGGGUACAUUAAAGAGGAGACUCUGCGUAUGCUUAUGUUUGAUGUGUGCAAGAAAAUCCUGGAAGAGACGCGCAGGAACUUUGAGCUUCGUGAAGAACUUGGCCUCUCCCACGAGUUUUGGGACGAUCUGUCGCAAGUACUGAAAGCCGCUAUACCGUCCCUCGAACGUCGUUGUUUUGCGGCCCCCGACCCAGCUACACCGGAAUAUGAGGGGCUAUGCGGACCGCUCAUCGCCUCCUGUUCGACAAGUCUGUUGAAGGAUCUGGAAAGGUUGAAUCAGCUUGUGGCGAUUGCUCGCAAUGUGUUGACUUGUGGAGAGAAGGCGCAGAACCUGGCAGCGGCGCGACUAUUCGACAAGGACAUCUUCGCCUUGAUCAACGUCUGUGUACGAGUGACAGCCAGAGGAUACGAUGGAGAAGCAGGCACGCAGGAGGAGGGGAAAUGGCAGGAUGUUAUCAAUGCUUACAAAAAGCUUCUCAUCACCUGCCUCCAGUUCCUGAACAACUUGGUGUCGCGGAACGAGCAAAGGAAGCUCAUGCUAUGGAUCGAGCUCUUCGACAGUCACUUAGACAACGACCUCCCAAAUUUCGCGGAUAUGAAAUACAAAAUGGUCGAAGACACACAGGCGGACACAGACUCGGCACCCAAAGUCGAGGUUCCGCCGCCUGCGCGCAAGACCCCAUACGGACCUGAUGCUUUCAAGAUUCCUCAACAACCGGCUUCGUCUCCGUUCCUUCUCUACAUAGGCGAGAUUGGACAUGAAGUCAAAAAGUCGCUCGCCCAGCAAGGCGAAAAGACGGGUGCAACGGAGAUUGCGGCUGAAUGCAGAAGACGGUGGCUAACCAUGCCAGAAGAGGAGAAGAACAAAUGGAAUAUGCUGUAUGCGGACGUCGUUGCCAGAUAUCGUGACGAGAUCACCCAGUCCAGCGUGUACAAGAAGGUCUCAGAUCGACAGACUACGGGUUCAGAAAGUGAUCGGAGGAGCGAGGAUCGCAGCCAAGCUCUCGCGGACGACCUAAGCCAGCUUCAGCACGAAGUCGAUCAGGCUCCAGGUGCGCCAUCUUCCGAGGCUUCCCGACAAGACCCGCCGGCCACUGGCGGGGAGCAAGGGAAGCAGCCACCACGGCCUAUACAGACUGAUAGCACAUGGGAUUCGGGUGCCUGGCGACGGUCUCCGGCAGGUGAGAGCGAUUUCCGCGUGACCUACCCGCCAUCAUUUGGAGCCGAGAUCCUUCGGAGUGGGAAGGAAGACCUGUUGAAGCGUCUCGAACCCGAUUCGGAUCGUCCUGGAGGUCCGCUAACAUCUGACGUAGCCUCCCCGAGCUCCCCUCCCCCCGAGGAGGAUGACAAUGAUGAUGACUAUGAUGACAUCCCUGGUGAUGAGAGCCGCGGCUUGCUCACCGACGUACCUUUGAUUCUUGGUCCUACCGAGAUCGAAGUGCUGCCGAUGAUCAUCAUGGGAGGCAUUGUCGAGCCUGCGGAAGGGCAGCCAGGAUGGCACCCUGAUCCAGUGGUGAUGAGUAGCAUCAGAAGCAUGCAUGGGGUGCGGUGCCAUCUCCUGCUUGCGCAGGAUAAUGGUCGUAACCUUUUGCGAGAGCUUCUCAUCUUUGUCGCUGCCUGGGACCUGCGGGAGGAUGAACUGUACUUCAAAUUCAUGGUCAAGAUUAUGGAAGCAAUACUUGCCAACCAGCUACUGCCCUUCGCCUAUCAUGCUUUCAGGGAAUCUGAGUCCAAAGAUAUCAUUUCCCCCGCACAAGCCGUCAUCAUGAAACUACUCACCAUCAUCUUCAAACAGCGUCAAGCGCAGGCUACCUCAACGGGGCAGCCAGGCAGCCCACCACAAGUGAAUCAGGGCGAUGCACACAUGGUCAACUUCCUCCUGACCGAGUUUCGAAGACAUAUUAUCCCACAGACGUGCGCCCUCAUUUUCCUGCAAGGGCAGAUAAGAGCUGGUCACGCACAGCCUGAGGAUUUCCCGUUGAACCUCUGGGAUAUGGAGCGCAUGUAUGAAGGCGUGUACCAGUAUCUCGAAUUCUUUGCCAUCCUAACAGAGCACUCGGUCUGGAAAAAGAUGCUGAGCGAUUGGGAGAUAUCGACUGAGCUUGUCACGCUUCUGAAAGAACUUGAUGCCGCCAUCCCCAAGGGCCAACUGUCUGUUCCUCCCCUUACUGCAGCUGCUCGAGCUCCUGCACCGCCAUCGCAGCAUCCAAACCCACCACAACCCCAGCAGCAACAGCAGCCGGCUGAUACUGAGCCCUCUCAGCCCGUUAUCGUGGAGCGGCCGUAUGAUGUUGCUCCUGGCGGCACAACCCAAGAAGGAUACAUACCUUCACCUCGACUCUACAUUGACGAGGCGCCAGAUGAGCCUUCCGACUUCGAAUGGCGGAAUCUCAAGAAGCUCGCGGUCCUUGUCCUAUCGUCGCUUGUGUGGAAGAAUCGCCAAGUGCAAGAUCAGGUCAGACCCCUUGGCGGUAUCGAAGCCGUCCUCAACUGCUGCAGCUACGACGAGCACAACCCAUACAUAAGGGAACACGCUAUCAUGUGUUUGCGCUUUCUCAUGGAAGGUAACAAGGAGAAUCAGGACAGGAUUAGAGCACUAGAGAGAUAUGUGGAGGAAAAUAAGGCCGCCUCUGCAUCUAAUUCUGCACAGCCGCCUGCGCCGCGAGUACAAGUGCCUAACGAAGUGCUAGACCAGCAGGGGUAUGAAACCUACAUGGACAGCAAAGGUCAAGUCAUGCUGAGGAAGAGGGAGGUCAAGCCCCCUAUUGCACCAGCGCCUGCAAAGGGAAAAGCAAAGCUGGACUCACGAGAUCCGAAAGAUCUCGAACGCCUCGUGCAGCAGGUAAUGAGUGAGUUACCAAAGGUGCAGGGUGUGAGGCAUGAUGCUGAGCAGGCGGCGGCAUUGGCGAAGCUGGACAAACGAUUUGGUGUCGAUUGA